AUGUCGCACCGGGGUAACAUCUCGGGCGAACCGACCGAAAACGAGGAAGAGGAGGAGGUAACUGAACUGGGACGCGAAAAUUCCAAUAAACCGUUGAAGGACGAGGUCCCUGAUCAGGGCCCUGCUGUUAAUGAAUCAGCCAACAGCAACAACGAGUCGGGACAGUCGCUUGUUGGCAAACUACGGAACAACGUCUCGACCGCACUGGCAAAGAUGAUACAAACCGCGAGGAAAACAUUUGUUUCAUCGGCUCGACUGCACGAUUGCGGGAAUGAUCGUGCGGAAAUACAGCCAGCGAAGCGACCCCGCCUGCAGCAGACAGAUGAUGAGGGUGAUCAGGAGUUUACGCGCGGUAGUCAAUCUAUCAUUGUUUGUCACCACCCGCUACCGGACAAUCGCGUCGAUCGAGAAACCCAAACGAUUCAAUCCGAUACGGCACUCUUGUCAAGCAACUACAGUCAUGCAAAUCGUGCGCGUUAUCCGGUGCCUUUCCAGGGCUAUGGAGAAUCGAACGUAUUUAGGACGCCAGUAUCAAACCGCAAACAGCCGGCUGAACGUGCCAGAAAGCGCCAACGGGAAGAGGAUGAUGAGAAUGUAGAGGAAGCAGUGGAGGAAAAAGAGGAGGAAAGAGAGGAUCCGCAUAACGCUAGGCAGAGGUUGGGUGCGUUGAAAUUUGGUGUCGAACGCAGCAAAUUGCCAUACGAUCAAAGGCAGCGUCUGACUGACUUUCUCGGCAACCGAUGCUACCAACAAAACCAACAACAACUACACCGCGGGUUGUUUGGAAAUUAUUUCUUUUACUCGCAUCACAAACCGACCAAGAAUCUGGACAGUGCCUCCUCCAGCGAAACUAACUCUUCUUUCCCUCGCCCAUCCUUCAGUCGGUCAGCAGCUAGUGGUCAACGGAUAACGCCCGAGUACGGCGGUUCCAUGUUUUACAAAGGGUGUACGCGCUAUGGUGGUGCAUCGGCUGUCAACAGGCUCUAUACGUACUCUACACAAACACGAAGCCAGAACAAUGACGUUCUGAUACGCAAACCGGACUCAUUGUCGCACUCCAGCAACAGAAAGAACGAUAGCAGUAAAAGCAAUGCACAUGUAGCAUCGGACCAUGUUAACCCUGUUGAGAUGACUAAUACCGCGCAGCGUAUAAUGAAAAUAUUGCAAGAUUUUGACCAGUGUAAAAAAAGCACCAAAAAGGUAAAGGAACAGAUCGACCCUGCAAGUUGUGCUUGGGAGUUUGCCGGUAAUUCACGCAUUCCAAGAAUGUUUCAGAUAUUGCACGAGCAAAAUUUGGAUUCCGUUAGGAAAGCUCGUUCGGACAAUUAUCCACCAACCUUGCCAUUAAUGAAUGUCCGACCGUUGUACGCGCACCAACCGAUCGACCGACGGGAGGAAUCUGCAUCCUCCGAUAGAAGUCUGGCGACCGAGGCAACCAACAAAGACACGAAUGUUGGGAACCCGGUACUGGAGGAGGAAGAAAAGGAAGUACGCGAUAAAGAGACAACCAACAAAGACACGAAUGUUGGUAGCCCGGUACUGGAGGAGGAAGAAAAGGAUGUACGCGAUAAAGAGGCAACCAACAAAGACACGAAUGUUGGGAACCCGGUACUGGAGGAGGAAGAAAAGGAAGUACGCGAUAAAGAGACAACCAACAAAGACACGAAUGUUGGUAGCCCGGUACUGGAGGAGGAAGAAAAGGAAGUACGCGAUAAAGAGACAACCAACAAAGACACGAAUGUUGGUAGCCCGGUACUGGAGGAAGAAGAAAAGGAUGUACGCGAUAAAGAGGCAACCAACAAAGACACGAAUGUUGGGAACCCGGUACUGGAGGAGGAAGAAAAGGAUGUACGCGAUAAAGAGGUACGCGCUUUAGAACUAUCGGUACUAACCGAUGAAGAUACAGACGAUCAGCAGCAGCAAGAUCCUCCUAUGCAGAAGAUCGUUACAAGCUCUCCUAUACGUACCAACGUACAUAUUGAGGAGGUUCCAUUGUUCACGUUUUCAGAACCGAUUUUAUUGGACCCUUUAAAUGAGCAGGGUACGGACAGUAUCGAUACCGUACCGUUACAACUUUCGAUAAAAUUCGACGAACCGGAACUGCUGCAACCGGAGGAACCUCGGACGAAUAUUCGUUCGUUCCAGGAAUUGAUGGCCGAAUCGGCUAGCAAGUGGAUUUGCGAUGUAUGCAUGGUUCGCAAUGAACCGCACCAGCUGGCUUGCGUGGCGUGCGAAAGUGCAAACCCGUCGAAGAAGCAGCAGCAACCACCGCCGCUACCAAUAAGCACUUCGUCUUCCAGCAGCUUUGCCGCCAUUGUGAGCGCUCAAUCAUCACGGUGGGAAUGUGACGCGUGCUGCAUAAGGAAUAAACCGUCGGCGGUGGUUUGUGUAUGCUGCGGGAUGGCUAAAUCUAAUGGAGGAACGGGAGGAGCACCGGUGACGGCGACGACACCAUCGAAGAAUCCUACAACCGUUUCCCCAUUCAGCAGUAUGCCUGGCACAUUGGCACAUCGGAAAAAGAUGUCCGGCCUGCGCAAGACAUCAAACGCGAAACGGCAAGGUUCCAGCGGGCAACAGCAUGCACGUGGCUCCGUGCGUAAUACGACGACCACGCAAAUAGGACAACGCAAUUGCCGGACGAAAUCGGACGAACCGUGGUACAUGCCGGUGGAAGAACCUGAUGACGAGGAGCAGAAUAAUGUGGAAGAAAGUCUUUUUAUUUAUGGCGGGGAAAGUAGCGACGAAGAGAACCGGCCGCCAGAUGCAGGGCGAUCCGGACGAUAG